AUGAAGCUUCAAUACCUUGCGUUGCUGCCAUGGGCAUCUAUCGCCAGCGCUAGCUGGUCGAAGAACAUCAACUACCGCUCGCCUUCGGAGCACCACCCUGCCCUGGGUGUCUCAAUCCACAAGGUUGUCAAGAGGAACGAUCCAGCAAGCACCUAUGCUGCCUCCAGCUUGAACUUCACCCAUGGUGUCGCUUCAGGCGACCCAUACCCCAAUAGCGUCAUCCUCUGGACCCGCGUCGCUCCUCAAAGCGACAACUCGCAGUCCAAUGUCACUGUCACCGGCUACGCACCUCUUUUCGACCACGACAACGAGAAGUACGUCCAAGUUUCCAAGGCGCCGGUAUGCGUAGAAUACAAGGUCUACGACAACAAGAACUGCUCCACAGUCGUCGACUCCGGUAAGGUGUUCACGAGCUCUGAUGUAGAUUUUACCGUCAAGGUCGAGGCCAAGAACUUGAAGCCGUACACGAAUUACUACUACCAGUUCAACGUGUGCGGUUCGGAGAACAAGAGUCCUCUCGGACGUACAAAGACCACGCCAAAUGCGGACGACGAUAUCACCGAUGUCAGCAUCGCUGUGUACAGCUGUGCAAACUACCCAUUUGGUUUCUUCAACGCCUACGGAAAUACCGUUCGCAAGGACUCUGUUGAUUACGUCGUUCAUCUCGGUGACUACAUCUACGAAUACAAGAAUGGAGAUUACGGCUGGGGCAACUCGCUUGGCCGCAUUCCUCAACCAGAUCGUGAGAUCUUUACUCUUUACGACUACCGAAAGAGGCUCGCGACUUACCGUACCGACCUUGAUCUCGUUGCUAGUCAUGAGCAGUUCCCAUGGAUUCCUGUUUGGGACGAUCACGAGGUUGCUGACAACACCUACCGUGACGGCAUGUCUGAGCUCAAUAACACUGAAGACUCAUUCCUCCGCGACGGUGGUGUCUCAGUCGACCAGCGCAAGAUGAACGCUGUUCGCGCCUACUUCGAGUGGAUGCCCAUUCGUCAAGUCGACAUGGAUGAUAACCUCAGGAUCUGGCGUUCUUUCUCCAUCGGAAAGCUUGUCGACUUGAUGAUGCUCGACACCCGUCAAUACGAUCGCUCCAUCACCGAUCUCUACUGGAACACAGACUACGUCCACGACAUCUCCAACGAUGCCGGCCGCUCUCUGAUGGGCUCCCGUCAAGAGAACUGGUUCUACCGCAGUCUUUCCGAGUCUUCCGAGCGUGGCACAACAUGGCGUAUCGUCGGAUCUCAAAUCGUCUUCUCGCGCGUCAACCAAUCCGCUGCCUACGGAGAAGACAACCCACUGAACUACGAUGCAUGGGAUGGUUACCAAUCGAACAAGAACCGCACGCUUAACCACUUGUACAGCAACAACAUCAACAACAACAUCUUCCUCGCAGGUGACAGCCACGCAUCCUGGGUCAGCGACCUAAUCUGGCUCGACGAGAAGGACUACGACUCCAGCACCGGCGCCGGCAGCAUCGGUGUCGAAUUUGCCGGCUCAGCAGUCACAUCCCCCUGCCCCUACGGCGCGAACAUUACGCUCGCAACCGCCAACAACUACUCUUCCAUCAUCCAGUCCUCCAACGCUGAGCUCCAGUGGCAGGACCUUUACUACCGUGGCUACUUUGAGCUACACUUCACCCACGACGAGAUGACCGCUAACUUCUUCGGCCUGCCGACUGUUGUUACGCGCAACGGCUGGGAGAUUCCCAUUGCCAACUUUACGGUCAAGAGCGGUGAGAAUAGGCUACAGAGGCCUGUUGCGGGUGGUAUGGUGGAGAGUGGAAGUUUGAAGGGAGGAAAGACGGUGCAGACGAAUCUGACUAUCGAUACUAACAAUGGUACAUGGUUCGUUAGUCAGGCGAACUUGUCGGUUUUGUAG